AUGCAAUUUACCUCAGGUUUCGUCUUCCCUGAAGCAGUCUCUCAAACCCCCGUGGCUCUAAACCCAGACUUUACAUUUACAUGUUCACCAGGAGGUGCACCUUUAAAUAGUUUAUCGCCCCUUCCUUUAGGAAUGCCACCUACCGAUGAAUUGGACAUUCCUGAAUUUUUCCAAUAUAGCAAAGAAAAAUAUGAAAGUCAAAAGAUGGGAUGUGGUCGACGGAGGAAAUCAUCACGUGAUGAACAUUUCGAUAAUUCCUCUUUAGAUGGAGAUGAUAUUGAUGAUACAAGCAGCACAAUGUCACAUGCUGAGUUUAGGCGUCAAAUACACAUUCAAUCAGAGCAAAAACGACGUGCAGAAAUCAAAGAUGGUUUUGAGGAACUCCGUAGGCAACUUCCGACCACUUAUACAGGUCGCAAGAUGAGUAAAGCUGUCUUGUUACAGAAAGCUGUUUCACAUCUAAAGAAUCAGUCAAGGAAGGAGUCUUUCCUCCUCGAUGAAAUCAAUCGCCUGAGUCAAACUUGUAUCUAUUUGAAUGCAGAAUUGGAAAAGGAGAAAAGAAUGAGCGCGCUUUAUAGACAAAAGCAGACUCUUGAUAAAAUAUAUGCGAUUGGAUUAUGA